AUGGACGAAAGCCGCGCAGUUUCUAAGUUUUCGUCUCAAACUCUAUAUCCAAAUCAGGAAAUUAUGAUCGCGCUUGCCUCGUUUUCUCCUGCUCUUCACGAAGACCACUAUUCACAUCGUUUGCAAUGCCUUGUACCGUUAUUGGCGUUUUCAAGGUCAUACCCAUCUACCGACGGACAAACAAUCAUAUCGAAGCUGAUAAUGACCAAAGCGAUGUUUUGCACGAUACCAGCUGUGACGACGACAGCGAAAUCACGUUUGGAUGAUGACAUCGACCAGAAAAGCGGACAACUAUCGCAAGGCCAAGGAUCCGCGUCAGACGGUCUAAAUGUCGGCACGGUCUGCCCAGGCUUUUUCCAAAUCUGA